CACACAGACACACGCUAACUCUCCCUAAAGGAGGGAGGCAGAAAGACAGAGAGGGGAUUGAGUGAGAGAGGUGGAGAGAGGGAGGCUAUCUCUGGGCUGCUCUCCGCUGCAGCGUCUGGCUUUCACUAAAAGGUCUGUGACCGUGUUUUUCCUGCUCUUGUUUGCCUAAUUUAUUCCUGCCGGGGCGCUCGGCAGAAAAGGAAGAAAGAAAGAAAGAAAGAAAGAAAGAAAGAAAGAAAGAAAGAAAGAAAGAAAGAAAGAAGAGGAAGAAAAAGAAAGAAAGAAAAAAAAAAGAGUGCAACAGUACACCCCUGACACGCUGACAGGGAAUGCAGAGAGGUUCUGGCCUCUGGUUGUUACUGCUGGAUGGACAAGCACCGACAAAGCAGACACACAACUCUUUUUUUUUUUUUUUUUAAGCAAGAGGAGAGGCAACUGUGACCAAGGAGAUUUCUCAACUCUGACUUUGUUUUUUUGCUGGGACAUUUGAUCCUCCACCACCGCCGACUUUGAACGAGUCGGAGGAACCGCAAGAAAACAUCUUUUCAGCAACAGAUCAGGGAGGAGAUUUGUCCCGGCGUCUGCUCUCCUUGUUUUAACUCUGGAUUUAUUUAUAACACAGAGGGAGGUCAACUCUUCUCUGGACAACCAAAGGACGGAGCAGAUCCACUUCCUCAAACAAACUCCCCCUCCUCUUUUUUUUUUUUUUUUUUUUUUUGCUCUUGUGUGGAGGAAUAUUAUCUCAUUUUCCCUCCUCAUCACUAUCACCUCUUCUCUUACAACAGCCUCGACAAGCCAAGGGUGAGUCUGGACUAGAACUGGCUCAGAUCACGAGAUAACACCUCGGCACGGCAGGAACUGGUUGGACUAGUUUAUAAGUUGGAGGAGAGGGCAGGGCAGUUUAACCCUGCCUGAAGGAGACGGGGCUGUGUUUUAUUUUCCUGUCCUUCUGGGAGAAAGUUGUGCGCUGCUGGGAGAGUUUUUGUCCCUCCUCGCUAUGCUCGGGGAUAGGUGAGGCUUCUUUUUUUUUUCUUCUCUUCUUCUUUCGGGGAGGGAAAGGAAGAAAGAAAGUGAGAGGGAGGGAGAAAGAGGGAAGGAGUCAAAGUGUAAUUUAUUGUUUCCUGUGAAAAGAGCAAAGGCUGCACCCUUUUCUUCUGCCUGAACUCUGAACCACUCGAUGCGCGUCUGAAGUUUCGCCUCGGACCUCGCGAGCCAUUGAUCAGGGGUCAGGGCGGAAAACAGAAGAGUUAAAUAAGAAGAGCAGAGCGUGCGGCGGAGGGAUUAAAGAAGAAGAAGAAGAAGAGGGGGGAGGACAGCAGUGGAAGGACCUCCAGGUCAGCCCCGACCAGACGAAGGCGAAGGGGGAGAAAGGUCAGCGCGGAGGAGCCGGGGACGAAGUCUCACCUCACUUGUAGACAUUGUUUUUUUUUUUCGGGAUAAAACCUGCGCUGAAUGCAAACCUUGGAGUAGCUGCUGUUGAGAGCGUGGAGCCGUCCUUUUGAGACUUUUUCUGAGGGGCAUUUGGGAGCCGGUGGGACGGGGCGGGUCUGUGCAUGAUCCACUCUCGGGGUUGCGUGUCUCAGAGAAUAUGGCCAUGGUGAGCGGGGGAUGGGGCAACCCCAACAGGGACACUAACGGACUCGGGGAGAAGGCUUACCUGAGGAGGGAGGAGGAGGACGGGUCGCCCCAGGCUGGCAGCAGCGACGUGGACGUCGGAGACGAGGACAAGGCCUGCGUGGUGGACUGCGUGGUGUGCGGCGACAAGUCCAGCGGGAAGCACUACGGCGUGUUCACCUGCGAGGGCUGCAAGAGCUUCUUCAAGAGGAGCAUCAGAAGAAACCUCAGCUACUCCUGCAGGUCAAAUCGAGAGUGUCAAAUCGACCAGCAUCACCGAAACCAGUGCCAGUACUGUCGUCUGAAGAAAUGUUUCCGCGUUGGGAUGCGCAAAGAAGUCCAGCGUGGUCGCAUCCCUCCGUCUCACUCAGGUAUCAGUCCGAACUCCCUGGUAGGAGGGGUCGGGGGUCCGGGUCCAGGCCACAUCGGCGCAGACUACUUUAACGGACAGCCCGUGUCGGAGCUCAUCUCCCAGCUCCUCCGGGCGGAGCCGUAUCCCAGCAGCCGGUACGGAGCCCCGUACAGCCAGGCACAGAUGCAGGCGUCCGCCAGCGGAGGCGCCUCCGUCAUGGGCAUCGACAGCAUCUGCGAGCUGGCCGCCCGCCUCCUCUUCAGCACCAUCGAGUGGGCCAGAAACAUCCCAUACUUCCCAGAGCUGCCAGUUUCAGAGCAGGUGGCGCUGCUGAGGCUCAGCUGGAGUGAGCUGUUCAUCCUGAACGCUGCUCAGUCCGCUCUGCCCCUGCACAUGGCUCCUCUCCUGGCGGCGGCUGGCUUUCACUCGUCCCCCAUGUCCGCCGAGCGCGUGGUGUCCUUCAUGGACCAGAUCAGGAUUUUCCAGGACCAGGUGGACAAGCUCAACAGGCUGCAGGUGGACUCGGCCGAGUACAGCUGCCUCAAAGCCAUUGCACUAUUUUCCCCUGAUGCAUGUGGCCUAACAGACCCAGCCCACGUGGAGUCCCUGCAGGAGAAGGCCCAGGUCGCCCUGACGGAGUACGAGAGGCUGCAGUACCCGAACCAGCCCCAGCGCUUCGGCCGCUUGCUGCUGCGCCUCCCCGCUCUGCGAGCCGUGCCGGCCAACCUCAUCUCCCAGCUCUUCUUCAUGAGGCUGGUGGGCAAGACGCCCAUCGAGACGCUGAUCCGGGACAUGCAGCUAUCGGGGAGCUCCAUCAGCUGGCCCUACGCGCCGGGACAGUAAACACCCCCCCCACCCCGCUGGGUUUUAGAGUGAGACAGACUGAGAUCAGACUGGAAGGAAUCAGAGCUCACAAAGAUUUCAUACAAGUGAAUGUCAUGAAUACAGACUUGGGGGGUUUUUAGGGUUUUCCCGUUUGUGACCGAAGAGGUCACGUUUUUUCCUACAGUAGCUCUGUUAAGUUCGGUUGAAAUCGCUUCAGUGCUGCUUUCAGGGAAACAAAAAAACGUACGAAUGUCUUCACAUAUACACAUGUAAAUAUAAAUAUAUAUGUGUGUGUGUGUGUGUUUGCAGCACUUGUCAGUUUUGCUCUCACCUCCGUCGGAUCUCUCUUUGUCUCAUUCGGCCGGGCUCUCAUUAGAAAUGCAGACUCUAUCACGAGGCCCCGUGCCUGUACUACCUCCUCCCACGUCGCCCCUAAUGUGACUCAGUCUGAACCCAGGCUCUGUGUGUGUGUUUGUGUUCUCUCUGCUUUGUGUGUGUUUGUGUUUUUCUUUAAUCGCAAUGAAGCCAUAGCAGCGCCAGUUUGACCGGCAGAGCGUUAAAAUGUCACAGCUUGGACGUGUUGUACAGAUCAUACCCGGUGACCUGGUUUUGUCAUGAACCCAAGGAGUGGACGCAAAUAACCGACUCUGCUACCGGACGUUUUUGUGCAAUGAAAGCAAACAACGAAAAAAAAAGGCACGAAUGUUUAAAUCUGAUGUACAACAAGAUGAAUUUUAGACCUGAAGGAAUAGCUCAGCAUUUUGGGAAAUAUGUUUAUUGGCUUUAUUGUUUGAUUGCCGUGUCACACUGCAUCGUUGGAGCAAGAAAACCAAUCCGAAGCCUGAAAAUGAAUCGUAGCAUGUUGCUCUUUCACCACCGUGUACGGCAGACUGGCCUAGCUUAGCAUAGAGCUUGGAAACUGCUAGCCUGACUCUGUCUAACUGAAAUCCUUCAUCCAGCACAUGUAAAGCUCAUUCAUAACAUAUUUGUUAAUCAGCGUUAAAACUGAAACAAUAAGCCUCACAUUUCAAGACCUUUAGAUAUUAAUGGAUUGCAGCUAGCACCUUUUUAUCUUUAUGCUAAGCUAAGAUAGCAUCCAGCCUUACAUUGAAGAAAGGGGCAUGAGUAUGGUGUCAAACUUCUCAUAAAAACCUCACGAAAUAAGCAGAUAAGCUCAUUUCCCCAAACGCUGAACCAUUCUUUUUUUUGUUUUUCCUUUUUUCACGACGUUGCAGUAAUCGAACGAACAUACUCAAAAACACAACCUGGAUCCUGAGCUGGUCACACCCCCCCAGUGUAACAUUAUUACCUCAUGUUUUAUACAUCUAAGGCAGAGAUUGUAUAGUGAACUAUUCAUGUGUUAAAGAUAAAAUAUAAAGGGAUCAAGGAGUCAUUAUCACUGAAACCAAACUGUAAUAUUUCCCUGAAUAUAUUUUAAAAUGUUUAAUGUAAGAGGGCACACUCGACACAGAGAGACAAAGAAGAGGCGUUUAAAAGAUGAAUAUCUGAAAACCGAGCACCGUUCGUUUUGUUUUUCUUUUUUUUUUUUUUUUAAAGAAUAGAGUUAGUUCAUUUUGUAUUUUUCACAAUUUUAAUCUAUGGACAGAGGUCACUUACAGAUAAUUAUUAUGCAAGGUACUCUGAUGUCGAGGUGUAAAGGUUAAGGUGUCGGUACUAAGAUAAAGGGUACUCUGUAGUUCAUGAGUGCCAUGAACGCAACGCUCAAUGUGACAAAAUGCUCGUCUUGCCAAAUCAAGUGACUGAAACAAUGAGACGACAUUACUCGUGGUAUGAAUUUUUUGUAAAACUAUUAUUGUAUCGUUAAAAAGAAAGAGGCAAGAAUGACUAUGAUCCCCGAUGCUGACGAACGGCUUCAUCACUUUGUGUUACUUGUUGGAAUAUAGUGAUUUGACUGUCUAGCUUUAUCAUUUAAAAGAAUCAUGUUUCUAUGACAAUGCCAAUACUAAAAAAAAAAAAGAAAGAAAAAAAAAAUACAAAAAGAAGACAUCUGUA